CGCUGGCCGCCCGGAGAGCAGUGAGCGGGCGCCCCGCUUCCGGCCCAGGUAGGCUGCCGGCGGGCCGUGCCCGGGCUCCGGGAGCUCGAGGCCUCCGCGCCCAGCCGCCCCGAGACCGGCCGGGGACCGUGAACCGUGCGGGGACAGCGCCCCGGGUCCCGGCGGGCUCCCGGAGGACCUGUGGCCUGCGCCGCUGCAGGUCCACCCAGGGGAACCCACUUCGGGAUGAUUUCUGUAGGAGCAGGUUCUGGAUGCCUCUCCCUGAAGCACUGUGACUUUUUUUGUUGUGUGUUACAGGCCCAGGGUCGCAGCUGCAGCCUGGACACUUACGCCAAGUCCUGAUAUCUGAGCAUUAUUAUGCAUUAUUUUCAAGCCUUGGUAAAGUGAUUUAGACUUUGGGAUGCUUCCAUUAAUUGGAAAAACAAUCAUCUUUGAUAAGUUCCCUGAUCCUUCGGAUACAUGGGAAAUCACUGAAACCAUUGGCAAAGGAACUUACGGGAAAGUUUUUAAAGUGUUGAAGAAGAAAAAUGGCCAAAAAGCAGUAGUCAAAAUUCUGGAUCCAAUUCAUGACAUAGAUGAAGAGAUUGAAGUGGAGUGUAACAUACUGAAAGCACUUUCUGACCACCCUAAUGUUGUUAAAUUUUAUGGGAUGAACUUUAAGAAGGACGAAAUAAAUGGAGAUAAGCUGUGGUUGGUUCUUGAGCUAUGCAAUGGAGGGUCGGUGACUGAUCUCGCAAAAGCCUUCCUGAAAAAGGGUGAAAGAAUGAGUGAGCCCAUAAUUGCCUAUAUUUUGCAUGAAGCACUAUUGGGACUUCAGCAUUUGCAUAGCAAAAAAACUAUCCACCAUGAUGUAAAAGGAAAUAACAUCUUAUUGACCACUGAAGGUGGACUUAAACUCAUAGAUUUCGGCAUUGAAAGUAGAGAAAAAACAGUAUGUCCUUGA